AUGUUGAUCCCAUCUAGAGGCCUCCACCUGGCCUGCAGGGCUCUUGCAAGAAGCAAGCCCUUGACAUUCGGGCCUGUGGCUGACAUUAAACUUAGGGAACCCAUCGUGCCCAAACACACCAACUUCGAUGCCAAGGCUGCUUUGCGUGAAAAGACGCCUGACGAUGUCCGUGCAUGGUCGAUGGCUGAAUUGCGCAGAAAGUCGUUUGACGAUUUGCACAAAAUCUGGUACUUGACCUUGAAAGAAAGAAACCGCAUUGCCAGAGAGCUCCAGGUCUCCCACAUGGCUGCUGUGCCUGUGGAGCCAUCUGUGCGUUCCCACGAUCUCAUGCUUAAGAUGAACCAGAAGAGAAUCAAGCAGACGCUUCUUGAGAGACAAACAGCUACCGAGAAGGCCCAGACCUUGACCCAGGAGAUCUCCGAGUACUUGGCUGACUUUGAGGAGCAGUAUGUCAACGCCGGUGAAGCCGACAUCUCCUCCUUCAACGACAAGCUUGUCCGUUUGCAAUACGCCAUUUUUGGCAUUGAACCCACCCUUGAAGACUACGACUUGGACAGAGACAUCAACGUCAAAUUCGUGGAGGUCUCAGCUACACGCUCUAGAUUUGCCCUCAAUGGUGUCAUGGAGGAAUUGCCCUUCUUGUUGCGUGACACCGAGACCGCUGUUGAGGAGGUGAAGACGCUAAGAGAGUCUGGCCAGAGCGUCAAGCUUGACAAGAUCGAUGUUUUCCCAUUCUUGAGAAACGCCUUGUCGCAGGCUAUAGAGGCAGAGGUGCCUGCCAAGAAGAACCCUAAUUCACGAGCAUAUGUACAUAGUUGA